AUGUGCGUCAUUAGGGGGAGGGACUCACAGGGUAACCAGAUUGGCGAGGAUCAUGCCUUCAGAUUCUUCUUCAUCUUCCUUUUUGAGAGCAAAGACGACGGUGAUCAUGACGGUUACUAUGGCGGCUUUGUGAAGUUGAAGGAGCCUGAGUUCCCCAUCGCAGUUGUUAUCAACACGGGCUACAAGGCAUCGCGUCGCACCAGCAUGAGGCGCUUCGUGCUCGUCUCCGUCGCCGUCGCCGCUCUAUGCCUUCUCGCAACGUCAACCGUGAAUGCAACGGCCAACCCGUUACAGCAAGGCCUUGAAAAGCUUACAGCGGGGCUGCGGAGCAACAAGUAUUACAGGGGCUUUCAGGAGAAGCUGAGGCAGCUCCAAAUGAACCGGAUGCGGAUAGAAGCUAAGAACUACGUGACGAAGCAAUCCGCGGACAAAAUGGCCAGCUACACUAAGAUGCGACCGGCCAUAAUGUGUGUCAUGAGGGGAAGGGACUCCAAGGGUAACCAGAUUGGGGAGGAUCAUGCCUUUGGAUUCUUCUUCAUCUUCCUUUUCAAGAGAGACGACGGUGAUCAUGACGGCUACUACGGGGGCUUUGUCAAGCUAAAGGAGCCUGAGGUCCCCAUCGCAGCUGUUAUCAACACGGGCUACGAGGGGGAGGACGGGUCUACAGUGAUCGAUUUCGGCGCCGAAGUCACCUGGUACAACGCGUCGCGAUCCCAAAGCUUCGGAAUCAUCUCGUGGUUCCCGAAAUCGCCCGCUCCGCUCGGUUACAACUACGUGUUUAGCGGGUCAUGGGUCGGAAUGAGCGCGCUGACUGCUGCUGAUGGCUCGGUACUGACCGAUGCGGUGUUGGCAAUUGCGAAGAAGACUCAGGCGCAUUAUGGCGCCGUGGCGAAUAGCAAUUUCCCCAGCGGUGCUGUUCGCGGCCAAUGCGGGAUCGACACGUCAGGAAUUGGCGGGUAA